UACACAGGAAGAGCUUGGACGAAUUCAACAUGGCGGCUGCCUGUUAUCAUUACUAGUUGUCUGGAGCAAUGAAAUUGUCUGAGCGUUUUUAAAUUGUUGGACAUUUUGACUCCGUAUUUAGUGUGUUUUCUUUUUACACUAGUCCGACAUGGCUCACUGUGUUCAGUCUGUGCAGGAGUUCGUCCAGGACUCGUUUGUCCCCAUGGUGGCCGUCUUAUGCAGCAAAGAAGCGGAGAGAGUGACUCGCAAGAACAACCUGAAUUUUGCUGAGCUGCUGAGGCCUUUCAGUAGACUAACAUCCGAAGGUCACAUCCGGGAUCCCAACAACCAGAUGCAGGUUGUGAAGAAUCUGCGUAUCUGUGUCAACAACGUCGUGAAAAGCCCAAGCCCGUCGUCCGCGGCCCUCAGCCCCAGUCAGCGCAGACUGCUCAAUGAAGUGGUUCUGUCCUGCCAGCAGCAAGAGGGGGCUGCAGCCAGUGUGAUGACAACAGGAGAUUAUCAGCUCAGCUUAAGUUUAACCACGCCCUGGUUUGAAGCCUACCGGGAAAAUUUUUUGAUGUCAAUGCCCGCCUCCGACCACGAGUUUCUCAAUCACUACCUUGCCUGCCUCCUGGUGGUGUCUUCCACUGAGGCCGUCCCUGUGGAGGAGUUCCUCAAGCUUUCCCAGGAGCAGCACAGGAUUCAGCACAGCGGAGAAUACACAAACCCCAAGUGGUUUAUUCCCAACACGCUCAAAUACCAUGUGUUACUGCAUGACAUGAGUGAAGGAGAUGAACAGAGGGCAGAGGCGGUGUAUGAGGAUAUGAAACAGAGGUACGGUUCUCAGGGCUGCUACUUGUUGAAGUUGAACUCCCGCACUUUCUCAGCUGAUCAUGAGGAACAGAUUCCAGACCCGUGGAGUCAAUACCUGCACAAGCAGAAUCCAUAUAAUCAGGAUCAGUUUGAGGAUCCAGCUACAACUGCAAGUCCUGCUGAGAACAGUGUCAGUGCAGCCGAACCAUUUUCCAGUUUCCCAACAGAGAAAGACGGAGAGUCCAGUACCCUGGAAAGCCAUCCUCUGCAGUUAGAUACAACCAGCAGCUCGGGGGGUCACCACACCGUCAGUGCUGCCGAAACUGACGUGAAGAAAGGUUCAAGAGACCCAGAGACACAUGGGACAUGUCUCACCCUGAACGACCACGACCACAUCAGACAGUUCAUCCAGGAGUUUACCUUCAGAGGCCUGUUGCCACACAUCGAGAAAAACAUCAGACAGCUGAACGACCAGCUGGUGUCCAGGAAAGGACUGAGUCGGUCUCUGUUCACUGCGACCAAGAAGUGGUUCGGUGGGGGGAAAGUUCCAGAGAAGGGCAUCAUUGAACCAAAGAGCACAUGUGGUCUCCUAUAUCCUCCAGAGGCCCCCGAGCUGCAGAUCAGGAAGCUGGCAGACCUGUGCUUCCUGGUGCAGCACUAUGAGUUGGCCUACAGCUGCUACCACACUGCCAAGAAAGACUUUCUAUCAGACCAGGCCAUGCUCUACGCUGCAGGGGCACUGGAAAUGGCUGCAGUGUCUGCCUUCCUGCAGGGUGGAUCCUCCAGACCGUACCCAGCACACUACAUGGACACUGCAAUACAGACGUACAGAGACGGCUGCAAGAACAUGGUUCUGGCUGAGCGCUGCGCUUUCCUCAGCGCAGAGAUUCUCAAAAGUCAAGGAAAAUACUCGGAGGCUGCCACUCUCCUUAUUAAGAUGACGAGCGAGGACUCUGACCUGCGCAGCGCUCUGCUGUUGGAACAGGCCGGCCAUUGCUUCAUUAAUAUGCGUAACCCUAUGGUGCGCAAGUUCGCCUUCCACAUGAUCCUGGCUGGUCAUCGUUUCGGUAAAGCGGGACAGAAGAGGCACGCGCUGCGGUGUUACUGCCAAGCCAUGCAGGUGUACAAGGAGAGGGGCUGGUCUUUAGCCGAAGAUCACAUCAACUUCACAAUUGGUCGACAGUCGUUCACACUUCGCCAGCCGGAGAACGCCGUCACGGCCUUCAGACAGAUCCUGGUCAAUGACAGCAGACAGACGGCCACACAGCAGGACGCCUUCCUCAGAGAGUACCUCUUUGUUUAUAAGAGUUCAAUGGGGGCAAAUGAAGGCUGCCUCCCCCAGCUGCCCUUGCCCUGCAUCCACAGUUCGGCUACGAGGGUCUACUUCGGACACGAACCGCGCCUCGCAGAAGGGGAGAAGCAGGCAGCCACUCACGUGUCCUUGGACCAGGAGUAUGACCAGAACUCGUCGGCCAUGUGGUGCAAUCUAGAGAAGCAGCUUGCAGCGUCCGCUAACCGGGGUAUCGUCCCUGUGAACUUCCAGCCCACCCAGUGCUGCCUGAACAACCAGACGGACAACCUCCGCCACCCACUGGCCGUGGUUCAGGAGCCGAUCAUAGUGGAGGUGACGUUCAGGAACCCUUUGAAGGUUCCUCUGGCUCUGUCCAAUCUCUCGCUCCUCUGGAGGUUUAGUGCUGACGGGACGACAGAAAAGACUGACGCCGAUAAUGAGACCGUCACCAAUGAAGAAACCUCAGCUCUGGGGACGACCCAGAAAGACGACGUCGUCACCACGGAGAUCAUCAAGGAGUUUCAUCUGGGUCCGGAGGAGACCAAACCGGCUCGACUCAGGCUCCUGCCGCACAGAACUGGUCAGCUGAAUAUUGUAGGUGUGAUGUACAACCUGGCUGCAGCCUCCUCUGGAGAAGUGGAUCCUAGUUCUGAAGGUCAGCAGACAUCGGAAUCAAUCGUGGUUCUUGGCAAACAGGACCUGAAGAUCCGCGGCCCGCGACUUAACCUCACCAAAGAGGACAAGAUGUUAGUCCGUCACGGUCCAGAUCGACGUCUGGAUCCCAUCAUAACGCCACCUAUGCCCCUGAUGGAGGUCUUCUUCCUGCAGUUCCCCACCGCUCUCCUCUGUGGUGAGAUCAGGAAAGCCUACGUCGAGUUUUGUAACGUCAGCGCCGUUCCCGUGCGCGCUCUGCGAGUGGCGUCCACGCACCCUGAUUUCUUUACCUUUGGCAGCCAGACCUCAGCGGAAAACAGCUCGUCCCUUAAACCCUUAUCCGCAACCGUCCAGCCGGGAUCGGUGGCCUCGGAGAUGUACGUUCCGGUGGAGGAUUUCCGCCAGCCCGCCAGCGUGAUGGAGAUCCCAAUAGAUGGCGUGCUGCAGCCGGGGGAGUCCAAGCAGCUGCCUCUCUGGCUCAGAGGACCAGACAAUGAGGGAGUGCAUGAAAUCAACUUCCUGUUUUACUAUGAGAGUCCAGAGAAAGGACUCAAAAUGAGUUAUCGGGUGUUGCGUCACACAGUGUUCAUCUGUGCCAGUCGGUCUUUAAGCGUACAAGCGUCAGUCUGCCACAGCAGCGUUCCUCCGCACCACUGCCAGAACGAGAAGGGCAGCGGGGGAGCGCUCGUCUUCGUCGACGUGGAGAACAUCAACACGAACGAAGGCGGCGUGCGUGAGUUCCACAUUGUCCAGGUGUCGAGCAGCAGUCAGCACUGGCGCCUCCACAAGUACAUCAACCCAGACAAGGAUAAAGAUUGUAAACUUGGCAGCAGAGAACGAGCGAAGCUGUGUUUUACGGCCACGCGUUGCAAACCUCAUCAAGAGAAAUACACCUUCGCAGACUUGAAUCUAACGGGCGAACGGAUCGUCAGUACCUUCACACCUCGUGCAGAUUUCUUCAUGAACUGCUGUCGGACCUUGGGAUCUCAGGAGGUGGACGCUCCGUCGUCCAGGACGUCGUCCAUGGGCAAGAAUCAGGGCUCUUCACCCAGCAACGACGUGGACGACCUCAGCAACAUCGCCAAGAAGUGUAACGAGCUGGACCUUAAGAUCAUUGUCAUGUGGAAGGCCUUUGUGGUUGAGGAUAACAAACAACUGAUCCUGGAGGGUCAGCUCCACGUGGCGCUGCAGGCUAUUGGCAAAGAGGCCUCGUCUCUGGCUCUCAAAGAGGAAGCUCAGGAGAUGGUGCUGCUUAAGUUCAAAUCAGAGCUUCCUCCUCCAGUCGCGCUGCCGUCUGCAGAGCUGUCUCAACUCAUCAAAACCAGUCUGCACUACCCCGAGACCUACACGCAUCCAUUUUUCCAAAACAGUCUGUGCUUGGUCCCAGUUACUCUGACUCUGUCCAACUGCUGUUUGGCUCACGUAGACGUCGUCAUUGACUUGAGACACAAAUUCACCAGCUCAGAGGCUCAGGAAGUCCACAACUCGUUCGCCUGGGUUGGUCAGACCCAGUACAAGCUGCAGCUGAAGCCUCGGGAGGUGCUGUGCUUAACUCUGCAGGCCUGCUUCCUCCAGGCCGGCGUCUACAACCUCAACACGCCGCAGGUCUUCGCCAAGCCGGCCAAUCAGACCGCCAUGUGCGAGACGAGGCAGCAGACGGCGAGUCCGGCUCUCAUCAUCAUCAACAACGCCUGAGCCGAGCGCCAGGACUGGACACAUAUUACAACACAUGAAAAUACUUGUUUUUGUUUUUUUUUCCUGAUGAGUUCUCAUAUUUUUUUGGUAACAAUUACUAAAAUAGAAGAAGUCAGGUCGUCUGUGGAUCUUUCGUUUCAUGCAGUUUGACUCUCAUGUACAGUUCCAGCUCCAUAUAUGCAACACAUUCAAGACGCGUUUUCUAUUCAGCGAAACAUUCAAACUACAGUUGUUAAGUGGAAACGAGCUUAAAAAUCAGUGUCACAUCCAAAUUAGAGGAAAGGUUUCUGAACUACAAUUAUGUCCGCACACGUACUUCCCUUUUUCCAGGUGCAAUUUCAAAAACCUGUUUCCUGAAUGUGGCGUAUACCGUCAUUUUCUUUUUUCUUCUUCAGUGAAGUGGGCAGAUUUUAUUUUUUUUCUUUUUUUUUGCUCAAUAGUUCCCGUGAAUCCACAAAAAUGUUUUCAAAGGAGUUGUCCGCACAAGAGGAAACAGGAAAUCCGUAGGCUGCAAAAACAAAGCUGCUGUCUGGAGAGACAGCAGGAAGAUCUACUUUUAAAACAAGACUUUACGGGAGCGAACACGAAGGGGUCACCGCAAGGAGCCAGUCGUUCAUGAAACUCGAGAAUACAAAGGCCGGAGAAGUUCUGGCACAGAAUUAUUUUAACAGACGGACUAAUUCCACACAGAACGAACCAUUGUGCUUCAGCGCUGCCCUUUUGUGUAUAUUACAUUAAUCAUUUUAAUCAAGACCCAUAAAAAUCAAGGACUGUGUGUGAAAAAAAAAAUCAACUUGUACAUUUGAAAAGAGUCUGACCUUAAAGCCCAUUUUGAUUAUAUAACUCUAACCUGAACGUUAAAUUAACAUACGGACAAAAUACUAACUGUACUUCCCAUUUUUCUGCCUGUUUCAUAAACGUGUUUUGACCUGAGAA